GAAACGUUAAUAAUAUUUUCCGAAUUCUUAAAUAGCUGUGAAACGAUUAUAGAUCUAUGAUCCUUAAAAAAUAUAAAAAAACACAGUACAACAACCAACCUCAAGAAUAUGCACACAUUAUCAUUAUCAUGGCUAAUUUCCAACGAUUAAUUCUAUUAAUUUUAUUUUUAUGUUUGAUCAUUAAUAAUGUUAAUCCAUAUAAAUUUGUGGAAAGUGAAAAAGAUGCGGCUAUUAUUUCAAGAAAUCUUGUAAAAGAAAUUGGUAUUGGUACUUUGGUUACUAUAAUGAAUCAUCACGAAAAAAAGGAUGUUCGAGGUUACCCUUUCGGAUUAUUUGAUUAUUUUACCGAUGAUUGUCCUUCAACAGGAAAUCCAUUACUUCUUUUAAGUGACUGGCAGAAAAAUAUACAAAAUGCCAGAGGCAAUGAUUGGAAAGCUUCUUUAAUGAUUCGUAAACUAAGUAAUAAUGACACUUUUUUUCCCUUCGCUGAACCAAGGCUUAAUUUAUUUGGUCAUUUGGAAAGAGUAUCUGAGGAUGAAGUUGCAAAUGUACAAAAAUGUUUUUUAGAUAAGCAUCCAAGAGCGCGUGGGUGGCUUCCAGGUGGAGGACACAUGUUCUAUUUUUAUAGAUUUAUUGUACAUGAUAUUUACUUUGUUGGUGGAUUUGGCAAUGAACAUUAUAUUGGUUAUAUUGAUAGUGAAUUAUAUCAUAAAGUGGAUCCUGAUGGAAAUACUUACAUAAAUCACAAUUGUAACGAAGAAGUUGAAGUUGAACAAGUUAGGUGGAUGAAUAUGCAACAUCCUUAGUCAUUGUGAUAGAGUAUGAGUAUCAGUGACUAAAAGUGAUUAAUAACACGUGAUUUAAUUCUGGCCGAGAAAUUUUGCCGGGAUUAAAAUUGAAUUUUUUUUUUUUU